UCCGCUCAGUUCUCCAGAUAAAAAUAGUAGCCUUGUCGAAUUGGUGUAUUAUAGCGUUUAAAAAUCUAUGAUUGGUGUGCGUGACGAGGAUCUACUAAAAUCUAUCUACUAAAACAUUAUGAAACUUGUUAAAAUGUCUAAAAAUAUUUUUAUAUUACUUUGUGUCGCAAUUGAAAUGGUUGACAUGUUGCCAUGUAGAAUAAACUCAGUGGGAAUAUAUUCCAAAAACAAACUAAUUUCUUGCAUCCCAUGCAUCAAUAUCUGCCCUGUCAGUGAAGCACAGUUUCCUCCUUGCAACACUAAUCAUUAUAAAAAUAUUACAUUAAAAUGUGUCUCGUCGCCAAGCAAAGGACAUUACUACAUUAGAAACAACCAAUGGAUACAGUGUAGACAUCCCUGUGAUUUGGAAGAAGAAGUGGAAAGCACCCCCUGUACUUAUGAGAGUGACAGAAAGUGCAUGUGUAAGCAUGGGUAUUACAGAGACCCUGGUACUAAUAAAUGUGAUCAAAGAUGCAGUCUCUGUAAACGAAACAGAAUUACUGAUUAUGUUCCAGAAGGUUAUUGUUUGAGCAUGGGAAAGAAUCUUCGGUGCAAAGAGGAGAAAAUAAUAAAAGAUUCAACGACAAAUUCACCCAGUGCAGCAACAUCACGACAGCCAAAUUCUUCAAGCAUAGCGACAACAGAACUACUAAUUUCGCAGAGUAAAACAACAACAGAACUGCCAAAUUCAAGUUUUACAACACCAAAAGAGAAAGCGUUUAGUGAAACUGAUGCCACAAAACAACAGAUAGUAUCGACAUCAACAACCACCUACAGAGAAAAUGAAAAUGGAAUCCCUUUAUGGGUUCCCGCUGCUGCUGUUUCCGCUGUUGUUGUGGUACUACUAAUUUUAAUAAUUUGGAAAGUAUAUCAAAGAGGAAGAAAUAGACACAGCCAAUCUGACAUAAACAGUAUCAGUACUGGUGAUUCUAUUGCUUUAAUUUCUCAAGGUAUCACUUUAGACAGCGCAAUUGGGGAUCCUGACAAUUUUCCAUUUGCGUUUAAAACGGAAAUUAUCAACAAGUUUGAAAACCGACCUCAUUCAGUGAAGAAAGCAAAAGCAUUUGUUACCUUGGCUUGUAAAGAUGCGCAACAUUUUGUGCACCGAAUCUCAAAGUUUGAAGAAGCCUUAGAUCAUGUAAUGACUCGAGUCCCAGAAACAACAUUCCGUCAAUUAACCAAGUACUUUUCAAAUAUUGGAUGUUCAGAUGUUGGACAGUAUAUUAAAGCUAGGUUUCCAUAAAACAUUUUGAAUAAUUGAAUUCUCUUAUUUUUUUAUAGCCCAUUUAUUUUUGUGCAGAGGGAUUUUUUGCUAAAUACAUGUUUUUUUAUAAGCAAUUGAAAUUUCAAAAUGAGGCUACAGGAUGCGUAUAAAAAGUACUUUUUCGGGCUCAAAAUAUGUUUAAGUUAUGCUUAAUGGCAAAGAAAUUUAUCGGAAUACGCUUAUAGAAAACACAUAAACAGGCACAAAAUAUGCUUAUAAAAGAUAUUGCAUUUGAAUUUUAAGCAUCAGUAAUUACUUAAAUCUCACUACAUACUGGUUAAUUUAGUCAAAAAGAAUAAAAAGAAAAACUGCUCACGAAACAAAACAUAAAAACUUUGCAACAUCCUCUUAGGCUUCACAAUGCUUAAAAAUUGAGCCAAAUUUAAGCCUACUGAUGCUUAUAAAUGUCAUGCUUCUAAAAAAACAUAUCUCUAAAUACCAAGUUAAGAUGAGCACACAAACAUUUAUGGUAUGAAAUAAAGGGCUAUAAGAAUUCGGGAAUUAUUGUAUGCUUUUCUUUUUUUAAAAAAUACUGGUAGUUAUGUAGAUAUAUUUUUUAUAUUUAUUCGUGUUUUGUAUUGUUGUAAAUAUGUUUAUAUAUAUGUGUGUGGGGUAAUAUGUAAAUAUAAAGUGUAAGACACUUAUAUUUACAAUCAUGAAUCAAAUUCAGUCAGUUAUUUCACGGUAGAACAGCGUAGUUUUAAACACAAGGUUUCUUUUAAUACCUUUUUAGUUUUCUAUUUUAUAUGCCAGAAUAACCGUUUUGUACAUUAGAACUUGUCUUCUCUGUCAAUUUUUACCUUAAAAUACCUUCGUAAGAAAGAAGUGUCCAAAUUUCUAAUUUGUUUCUGUGACGUCAAGAAGUUUACCUUAAAAUGCCUUCGUAAGAAAGAAGUGUCCAAAUUUCUAAUUUGUUUCUGUGACGUCAAGAAGUUUACCUUAAAAUACCUUCGUAAGAAAGAAGUGUCCAAAUUUCUAAUUUGUUUCUGUGACGUCACGGCUUUAGUGGAAGUAAGUUCUACAUCGCCGACGUAUAUUCUAUAUAAGUAUGUAGAUAAAAUAUUUUGAAGUAGCUGAAUCUAUGUAAACGGGACUUUUUGUCUAUAUAAAUUGGACUUGUGCAGCUACAUUUUAGUGGAUUGUUUAAAAAAAAACAUUUAAAGUGUUUGUUUAAAUUGGAGACGAGUUUUGUGUUGUGUAUUUUUGAUGUGAAUUGUCAAUCCAUGUGAAAAGAGUUUUAUAUAAGGACACAAUGUUACAAAUCAUAUUUUAUUGGGAUUAAACUUAAUCUAGUGAUAAUAGACAAAUUAGUGACUAAUUUCCAGGGCUAUUUGGGAUUAAUAAGCCCGAGUCUCUUUUUUUUCAAUUUCUUUUAAAAAAUCACUUUUCGUAAAAUAAAAUAAAAGUGUUUAUCUUUGGUAAAGUCAACCAAUUCUUAUAUAUUCUAAAUAUUAAGUAAUUACUAACGAUUAUUUAUGUCUUCGUUAGAUACCUUAGAAUUACACAUUAUUUGCAGAAGAAAUUUCUGCGAAAUAAACAUUUGCGGAUUUGGUGAGAUCCGCAGAAAUUUGUUACCAAGUAAUGUUUAUUUUUUUUUCUUUUGUUAUUUACUUUUUUUAUAUAUUGUAGUCGUUGUUGCAACUUUUUAAAGCAUUGUUGACAACUAUGGAUUCAUCUGUUGGUAGAUUUUCCUUUUCCUUCUUCUACGUCAGCAAUGCUUAUGGUUGCAAUUUACGUAAGGAAUAUUACCUCUGUUAAUUAUUACAGUUAUAAUUAACAUAAUGAAGUUAAUUAUGCAUUGUAUUGUCUAAUGAGAUGCUAAUUAAUGGAUAAAAAGAGGUUAUAAUAUGGAAUUCCAAUAAAGAACAAAACGAAAGGAAAAACCAUUUAGAUUCCACAAAUCAAUAAUUUUCAUAUCCGAUCAAUUUUGUUCUUAAAUGGAAAUCCAUCUUUAGUAUCGUUUUUGCACUCACAAGAAAUUAGAAAAAGAGAAAAAAAUCAAAUUAUCAAAGACAAGCUGGCUACAUUCUUCUUUUAAAACCUUCUUGUGAGUGGAGGAACGUGUGAUAUUUCAUUUUUACAAGUGAUAGAUCUUCGCUGAUGCAUUUUCCUUAAAACCAUGUUUCAUAUUAAUGAGCUAGUUAUGUGAACAUUUUUUGAAACGGUUUAAAAUUUUUUAUCGUUAAAGUUUCAUAUUUUGCUAAUACAUUGAGCCGAAAUUCAUCCCACCACAUCAAAGUGAGCGGUCGUGCUAGAGAAUGUAACUAGCAACUUUUCAACGCUGUGUGCCAGGCUUACGUGUGUGCAAAAGUAGUGACUCUGCAGUCUGCCAUUUGCAUUUGUUUAACACUUUUGUCGAUAUUUAAAUAAUUAGGAAAAAAUGUCCAAUAUUGUAGGUGAAAAGAAAACCCUUGCAAAAAUAAUGAGGCUCUUGUGUCAAGCAUUAUGUUUAUAAAUAAAUUUGUUAAAACAACUAUAUACGUGUUUGUUCAGAAAUAUUGUCACUUGUGAUACAUUAUCUGUCCAGCAUUGUAUGAAAGACAAUUUAAAAAAAUAA